UUUAAAUACAGUACCGUGCCAAAAUCGAGAUAAGAGAGAGUACGUUUGCAUAUAUAAGCAAAGGAUUGCUCUUUUUUGAACAAUCGCAAUUUGAACCGACACUUCAUAGAAUAAUGUUCUCCGCUGUUUUCUUGAUUAGUACUGUGUCUGUGGCUGUGGGUAUGACCACAACUGCACAUCAUGGGCAUCAUCAUCCACAUAACACACAUGUACAUGGACAUCAUACUGGACCUACACAUGAACCAAAUGUGAACGAAAGUUUUCUGUUCCACUAUGAUGCUCAUUCGCACACGUUGGUCGUUAAGACACAGCGUCAUUGCUACCUAUACAUGCUCACAGCUGAUCAACAAACAAGUGUACAUACCACAACAGGACUCCAUGCCAUCGAGAAGUCCAUCAUUGAUUUGAUCGACACUAACAGUCCUACAGUCGCUGUCACCGCUCAGGAUCUCACCACCAUCAGUGCAGGACUCUCACAUUUCUGUAAAAAUAUCCCUGCUUUAAAAUUGAAUUAAAAUUGUGUAUAUCAAAUAUA